AUGAUUCCAAGCUACAAACAACUGCCAGAAGUAAUAAGGGUCAAGAGGAGACGGACGGAAGACCCGUUGCAAGCGCUCAUUUUUGAUAGAGGCAUCAAGAAGUCCAAAUCAAACAGAUAUAUAUUUGCACUGGCCCAGUCGCAAGAGGUGGACAAUGCGGGAAUUUCACUUUUGAAGGACGAUUCGGAGACGAAUAAGAACGGGGAAAAAAUUUUUCGGCUCCUAUAUGAUACAGAAGAGGAUGAGUCCAAACUCCCUGAUCAAUUGAGUGAUUUGGUCAACGAUUACCUGUCUAUGGAGGCAGCCCAGGCUCCAGACCCUGGACGCAAAAGACGAAGGAGGAGAAGUAGCGCUAGUGCUAGCAUGGCCGCUCCUGUUACUGCAUUAAACCCCGCCACUGCCCCAGAUUAUGUUUAUGAUGUGUAUUAUAGAACGAAAGAGGUUUUUGACGACCCUUCGAAUAACUCCUACGAAAGAAUUGGAUAUAUCAAGUUUGAUGAGGAAUUAGAGAAUUUGCUAGAUGACGAGUCAGACGGCGAAGAUAGGCUGUUAACGGAUGAUGAGGACUCCAACGCUGAAAGUUUUUAUCAAAACGAUUACCCAGAAGAUGAGGACGAGGAGGGAUAUCUUGUCGGGGACUCUGACGACUUUGAGGAUGAAGAUGGAACAGAAGAUACCACAUUUAUGACGCACUACCGACCUCAUGUGCUAAGAGAUGACUUCAUUGACGAAAGAGACGAAGAAAACCACGGAGAGCUAGAUGAAUAUGAUGAGCUUUUUGAUCAAUUUGAAAGACACCAGUUGAAUCCACUACAAGAGAACGAAGCUGAUGAGGAUGAGGACGAUUUGGAGUCUCAUCGGGAGAGAAUAAUGAAGAGACUGGAGGCUCAAAUUGGCGAGUUGAGCUAA